GUGUGUGUGUGUGUAAUUUGUGAUGGGGAACGCGGAGAGCAUGGAGAGCCAACUGGCUGUGAUUCGGUCCAGAGCCGCUCCGGUUCGACUGCCGAUGCCCGACCCAGCCGAGCUGGAGGAGAGAUUCUCCAUAGCACUGAAUUCCAUGAACCUGCCACCUGACAAGGUGCGUCUGCUACGUUCCUAUGACAACGAGAAGAAGUGGGAGCUGAUCUGUGAUCAGGAGAGGUUUCAGGUGAAGAACCCUCCACACACCUACAUCCAAAAACUGAGAGGCUUCCUGGACCCAGCAGUCACACGCAAGAAGUUCAGAAGAAGAGUUCAGGAGUCGACUCAGAUGCUCAGAGAGCUCGAAAUUUCUCUACGCACAAACCAUAUCGGGUGGGUCAGAGAGUUUUUGAAUGAGGAGAAUCGAGGUCUCGAUGUUCUUGUUGAGUACUUGUCCUUUGCUCAGUACGCUGUUACGUUUGAUGGUGAGCAGUCGGAGGACCGAGGGGAUGUCUCGUCCAUCGACUCUCCCUGGAGUCGGUCCAUAGAGGAUCUCCAUGGUGACUGCAGCCUCCCCUCCCCCUCCUCAUCUGUGCCCAGAGCUGCUCGACACUCUAUCAGUUCCACUCUGGUGACUCGAUCCAACACUCUGCCAAGUCGUCGAACUCUGAAGAAUUCACGACUCGUCUGUAAGAAAGACGAUGUUCAUGUUUGUGUCAUGUGUCUGAGGGCCAUUAUGAACUACCAGUAUGGAUUCAACAUGGUGAUGUCACAUCCACAUGCUGUCAACGAAAUCGCCCUCAGCCUCAACAACAGGAACCCCAGGACGAAGGCUCUGGUGUUGGAGUUGUUGGCAGCGGUGUGUUUGGUCAGAGGAGGACACGAGAUCAUCCUGUCGGCAUUUGACAACUUUAAGACUGUGUGUUCAGAGUCGAUGCGUUUUGAGAAGUUGAUGGAACACUUUAAGAACGAGGACGACAACAUCGACUUUCUGGUGGCCUGUAUGCAGUUCAUUAACAUCGUGGUUCACUCAGUGGAGGACAUGAACUUCAGAGUCCACCUGCAGUACGACUUCACCAAACUGAACCUGGACGAACACCUGGAGAGGUUGAAGCACACAGAGAGUGACAGGCUGCAGGUGCAGAUUCAGGCGUACCUGGACAACGUGUUUGACGUGGGUACGCUGCUGGAGGACGCAGAAACAAAGACGGCAGCUUUAGAACGAGUGGAGGAACUGGAGGAGAGUCUGAGCACGAUGUCAGAGCGCCUCCUUGACGUGGAGAAUGAAGCGAUGCUGAAGAUCGUGGAACUGGAGAAACAGCUGAUGCAAACCAACAAGGAGCUGGACCACGUCAGGGAUGUGUACGCCAGUGCCAACUCUCAGGUGCACACCUUGCGGCGAAUGGUUCGGGAGAAGGACCAGACGAUCCGGCGUCAGAGUCGUCUGGAGCGUCAGGCUCAGGAGGCGCAGCAGGCGGGAGGACCUGGGGCUCCUCAACCACAAAGAGGGGAGGGGGAUGGGGGAGUGGGUGACUCCGCCUCCCCCUCCCCUCCACCCUGCCCUAACCUGUCCCCCAGUCCUGAGACAGUAGCCUAUCACAGCCUUGGAACAGGCAUAGGCGGCGCUCCAGGGAUGCCAGCACCACCCCCUCCCCCUCCUCCACCCCCAAUGCCAGGCACUGUGUCUAUCGGGUCAUACCCAGCAUUACCCCCCCCCGCUCCUCCUCCUCCCCCUCCUCCCCCUCCUCCCCCCUGUCGGACCAGUGAGCUCUCCUCCAACAUCCCCAUGCCACCCCCUCCUCCCCCUGUGGCCCCCCCUCUUCCGGGUACUGGGGGGUCACCAACGGUCAUCUUUAACUCAGGACUCGCAGAGGGACCACUCAAGUUAUUCUCGGUGAAGAUAAAGAAGCCGAUCCAGACAAAGUUCCGGUUGCCGGUUCUGAACUGGGUCGCUCUGAAGCCGAGUCAGAUCAACGGGACAGUUUUCAACGACAUUGACGACGAGGCCAUCCUGCAGGACCUGGACGUGGAGGGUUUUGAGGAGCUGUUUAAGACAAAGGCUCAGGGUCCAGCACUGGACCUGACUCUGUCCCGACAGAAACUUCCACAGAAAGUGGCUUCCAUUUCUCUGCUGGAAGCGAACCGAGCCAAAAACCUCGCCAUCACCCUACGGAAGGCUGGCCAGGGACCAGAGAUCAUCUGUCGGGCCAUCCACACGUUCGACCUGAGGACAGUCCGGGUGGACUUUGUAGAGUGUCUGAUGCGUUUCCUGCCGACGGAGGCUGAGGUCAAACUUCUACGGCAAUACGAGAGGGACAGAAAACCUGUGGAGGCUCUGAGUGAUGAAGACCGCUUCAUGAUGCAGUUCAGCCGCAUCGAAAGACUCAACCAGCGAAUGUCCAUCAUGAACUUCAUGGGCAACUUCAGUGACAACGUCCAGAUGUUAACGCCGCAACUUCAUGCCAUCAUCGCUGCUUCAGUUUCCAUUAAAUCGUCUCAGAAGCUCAAGAAGAUCCUGGAGAUCAUCUUAGCUCUGGGGAACUACAUGAACAGCAGUAAGAGAGGAGCUGUGUACGGAUUCAAGCUGCAGAGUUUAGACCUGCUGUUAGACACUAAGUCCACAGAUAGGACUCAGACUCUGCUUCACUACAUCUCUAACGUGGUGAGAGAGAAAUAUCCGACUGUGUCGCUGUUCUACAACGAGCUGCACUAUGUUGACAAAGCUGCUGCAGUGAGUCUGGAGAACGUGCUGUGUGAUGUGAAGGAGCUGCAACGCGGCAUGGAACUCACCUGGAGAGAGUUCAGCGUCCAACACAACGCCACGCUUAAAGACUUCAUCAGCAGGAACGAAUCAAGACUGGGCAAGCUGCAGGAGGACGCACACAUCGCACAGGAUGCAUUUGAAGACGUGGUGAAGUUUUUUGGAGAGAGUUCAAAGACGAUGCCUCCCUCGGUCUUCUUCCCCAUCUUUGUUCGCUUCAUUAAAGCCUACAGGGCAGCCGAGGAGGAGAACGAGCAGAGGCGGCGUCAGGAGCAGAUGUUGUUGGAGAAACUGGAGCAGGAGGAGCAGCAGGAGGAAGAGGCGGAGACAAAGUCUCCCUCUCACAGGGGAAGGAGACAACAGCAGGAGCUGAUCACUGAGCUGAGACGACGGCAAGGAAAAGACAGCCGCCAUGUUUACGAGGGAAAGGAUGGCGCCAUCGAGGACAUCAUCACAGUUUUGAAGACCGUCCCCUUCACGGCCCGAUCAGCCAAACGCAGCUCCAGAUUCUUCUGUGACCCCGCCCACUCCGAAGAGCACUACUGAGAGGGACAUGACAUCACAGAGAGACAUGACAUCAGAGAGAGAGACAUGACAUCACAAAGAGACAUGACAUCACAAAGAGACAUGACAUCACAGAGAGA